AAAACAAAAAUAUAAUUCAAACCCCAAACUCGGCGAGCACUGAAUUCAAAAACACUUUCACAAAGCAUUCACAUUGUUCCAAUGGGCAUCACAAAGGAAACCUGCCGGAACGAACUCCGAUCCGCCAUCCACCACCUCACCGAUCGCUGCCUACACUCUGCGUCCAAAUGGGCUGCAGAACAACUGGUGGGUAUCGAACAAGAUCCCGCAAAGUACCCUCCUUCACACACAAGAUUACAGCGCGAUUGCUCCAGCAUUCGCCGCAGGUUUCGACCAAAUGACGAGGUUACAUCCACCCCUGUUGCUGGGACAUCGUAUGUGUCGAGUCCAGUGGUGUUGGAGGAUGAGAAUGAAGAUGUGGGGAAUGAUUUUUAUAUUCUUGCAAAGACGUAUUUUAGUUGUAGAGAGUAUAGGAGGGCUGCUCAUGUUUUGGGUGAUCAGACUGGGAAGAAAGCCUUGUUUUUGAGGUGUUAUGCGCUUUAUUUGGCUGGCGAAAAGCGAAAAGAAGAAGAAACAAUCGAACUCGAGGGACCUUUGGGUAAAAGCAAUGCCGUAAAUAGCGAACUUGUGUCCAUAGAACGAGACCUAGCCGCAGUUCGUAAAAACGGUUCAAUCGACCCGUUUUGUCUUUACUUAUACGGUCUUGUUCUCAAAGCAAAAGUCAACGAAAAUCUAGCCCGAACUGUACUCGUCGAGUCCGUUAACGCGUACCCUUGGAACUGGAGUGCAUGGCUAGAGCUACAAUCCUUAUGCACGACAACCGACACGUUAAACAGCCUCAAACUCAAUAACCAUUGGAUGAAAGACUUCUUUCUUGCUACCACUUAUCACGAACUACGUAUGCAUAACGAAUCGUUAGCUAAAUACGACUACUUGCAAGCAACAUUCAGUUGUAGCAACUACAUCAAAGCGCAAAUCGCCAAAGCCCAAUACAGCCUACGCGAGUUUGAACUAGUCGAGGCCAUUUUCGAAGAGCUUCUUCGGAUCGACCCGUACCGUAUUGAUGACAUGGACAUGUAUUCCAACGUUUUGUACGCGAAAGAAUGCUUUUCGGGCCUAAGUUACCUUGCGCAUCAAGUUUUCAUGACCGAUAAGUACCGACCCGAAUCGUGUUGCAUUAUCGGUAACUACUAUAGUUUGAAAGGUCUUCACGAGAAGUCGGUUAUGUACUUUCGACGCGCGUUAAAACUAGACAAAAAAUACCUAUCCGCGUGGACGUUGAUGGGGCACGAGUACGUCGAGAUGAAAAACACACCGGCGGCUGUCGAUGCGUACAGACGGGCCGUCGAUAUAAACCCGUGCGACUAUCGAGCUUGGUACGGGCUCGGGCAAGCUUACGAAAUGAUGGGAAUGCCGCAUUACGCGCUUCAUUAUUUUAAAAAAUCGGUGUUUUUGCAGCCCGGUGAUUCACGGUUGUGGAUCGCGAUGGCGCAUUGUUACGAAACGGACCAGCUUCAUAUGCUUGAGGAGGCGAUUAAGUGUUAUAAACGUGCGGCGAAUUGUAACGAUAGAGAAGCUAUUGCGCUUCAUAAGUUGGCGGAACUGUAUAAUGAAUUGGGUCAAUCGGAACAAGCGGCUUUUUAUUAUAAGAAAGAUUUGGAAAGAAUGGAAGAGGAAGAACGAGAAGGGCCGAAUAUGGUGGAAGCGUUAUUCUUUCUUGCGAAUUAUUGUAAAGUUCAGAAGAGAUAUGAAGAAGCGGAAGUGUAUUGCACGCGUCUUCUUGAUUAUAAUGGCCCUGAGAAGGAAACAGCAAAAAGUCUUCUUCAAGAUAUUAAACUUGCACAAUCUGGUUUUCUUUAAAUGGAUGUUGAACAGUUCUCUUCAUAAUAUUCAUCAAAUGUUCUUGUAGGAUUAUUCUUGUGAGGUAUGUAGUUUAGUCAUAUGUUUAAGUAAUUUAGUCAUCUAGCUGAUAGAUUUAAUCCACAUUAUAACUUCUUGUAGUAGUGUUUUUAUAUUGAUAUUUUCAGUUUUAUGUA